UUUAGAUCUUCAUAGUACUACAAAUCCUAAGGACCUAUCUUCGCUACUGAAUACUGAGACAAAAUUGUACGGGAACAGAAAAAAAUCUUAAUAAAUUCCAUUUUAUGACCAAUAUCAAACUUUUAGUCUAAUUCUUUACGACAAUCAAUACUGAAUGGUAAAGUCUUAUGACAAUACAUUGGCCAAUAUACUUCUUAUUCUGCGUCAGACGUUACGUGAUCACAUCUACGUAUUUAGUACUCUGUUUGAAUUUGUACGCGUACAGUUUGUGAACAUGAACCUAAGCGAGAUAAGAAAUGUGAGCGAUACGAACGGGACCAUUACAAACCUGGAGUUCAAUCUAGAUUCCAUGAUUACUAAUUCAGCACUGUUUCUCCUGGCUAUAGUACCUAUUUAUAUAGGUUCUUUCCGUUCGAUAACUAGUAAGAAGUCAACUGAUGAGAUAGAAGUUGUAUCGGGUAAAGAUGCAGCACUGUUUCCGUUUCUCGCCAGUGCUGCACUUUUCGGGAUUUACGUCGUCUUUAAGUUCAUUCCUAUUCAGUACAUCAACUCCGUUAUGAAGUUAUAUUUCUCUUUUAUGGGUGCUUGUGCAAUAUCCCGGUUCCUGUCACCCAUCUUUCGCCCGUAUAUGCCGGGUUGUGUAAAAAAUAUGCGGUUCAAGUUUGAGUUUUCAAGAAGUUUAGAGAACUCAGAUGGUUCCGAAUCUCAAUGGAACUUAUUGGACAACUAUGAUUUUUCAGUUGAGUCGAAGGAUUUCAUAGGCACUGGCAUCGGUAUUUUGCUUGGCACUUGGUACUAUUUUUCAGGACAUUGGAUUGCGAACAAUUUUAUUGCAGUGACAGUUGCUAUUUUGGCCAUCGAAUUCAUAAGGUUGAAUAAGUUCGUAAAUGGCAUAUUACUUCUUUGCGGACUGUUCGUAUAUGAUAUAUUUUGGGUGUUUGGAACUGGUGUCAUGAUGGCUGUCGCAAAAAACCUAGAUAUUCCAAUCAAAGUUACUUUUCCGCGUGAUUUUCUUUCAAAUGGAUUAUUCGGCAAACAGUUAGCUUUGCUUGGUCUUGGUGAUAUAGUUGUUCCAGGAAUAUUUAUCGCCAUGCUUCUUAGGUUCGAUACAAAACUUGGACGCAAUAAUAGUCAUGCUUACUUCUACUCUGGAUACGCAGCCUAUAUCGUUGCUAUCAUAAUGACUUUCGUAAUGAUGCACGUAUUCAAACACGCUCAGCCGGCUUUACUUUACCUGGUACCUGCUUGUUUGGGUGCACCAUUGCUUAUGGCUUUAGUGAAAAAUGAUCUUAGUGCAAUGUUCAAAUGCACAUAGUCAGUCAUACGACGGUGUAGGCUACUUAUGUUGACAGAUAUAAGUAGUAUAUAGCAGCAGUCGGAAGUAAAAUGCCUGCCAGUAGAAGAUUGAAUUGAAGAGAACAUGAAGGGAAACGGAGAGCAAUUGUGAUUACAACAGGAUUAGAGGGAUAAUGGAGUGUAGAAAGGAUAACGCAAAGAAGAUGCGCAAAUGAUGUAUUUCACAUUUUACUAAGCCACUGUGUAAUUUUGCAUCAAACAAUAAAUUGGUUUUCCCAACAUGAGUUCUCGUUCACUACAGUAAUGUGUAGCCACUUGUCUAGGAAAUGUUGGUGAGCAAAAAAGAUAAAAUGUGAAUGUAUUUGACACUAAAUUCAACAUAUUUCAAGCUAUGAAGAUGAACCGGAAGCUGAGAAGAAAAUUCAGGAGGCUGAUGUUUCAAACAAAUCUAAGAAAAGUAAAUAACAAUAUCAACCUUUGGGGUGGGGGCAAUUGACCGAUUUUAUCAUCUUAAUCUGUCCAUAUAUAACUUAUGUACACAAAUAUAUUUAUUUCUACAGUGUUAAGUGUGUAACGUUUGUGCUACGUGCUGACUGUUUGUUUUGUUUUCUGUAAAAUAAUGUUGUUGGCGAAAAACCCUAACAUAACUUGUUCGUUUGACAUUUGUUUUAACCUUGUCGCUUUGCUAAUAAAGCUGUUACGCUGUCUGUUUAUUUUGUGACAUCAAUAUCCAAAGUCUAAACAUAAAAAGUGAAAUACCAAAAUAUGUGAACAUUAUUGGCAAGCAAUCAAGGUUACUUCUUCAGAUCAUUUUCAUUUUAUAAAUACAUAUUUAAAAUAAUAUCCUGAUUGUUUUGACAGUGCUAAUAAUAAAUUCCGUUCUAAAUU